UCCCCUCCUCUCCAUCUCUCUCUCUUCCAGCAGCAGAGAAUCAGUGAACACUGGAAGCAGCAGCAGCAGCAGCUUCACCUCGAAACAAAGUCUGAAUAUGUUUAUAUUUUUUGCUUUUUUAAUACGACUUUGUUAACUAUCUUUUUACCACUCCAUGAAUCAGUCUUGCAGCGCAGCAGAAUGAGGGGAUCAUGCAUCCCAAAUCAGGUUUCUGUCCCUUCUCCAACUGGAGCAUGUAGACAUAUGCUUUCCUUUUUUCUGCAUCUCAUUGGGAAAAACUAGGCCAGUGGUUUUUACGCAGGAUGUCAGCCUCUGGAUUCAGAUGUGAUUAUUUCAAGGUAUGACUUUUUAAAUCUACAGUAAAUAAAGUCAGUUUUUUUCRUUCAGUGACAGAAUGUGCAUCAGCAUGAAGACUGGCAUCAAGCAGCYCUUUUUGUGCGAUCACUCGUGGACCAAAGCUUGUUGAGCAGCAGAAUCUGGAUGAUUUUUACUCUCACAGAGCAAAUAUGAUUUUAAGGGAAAUUUUCUGAAAGCUGCAGGAUAUUAUUGAAAGCUCUGUUUGACACUCUUUCUGCACCACAGGAGGUUAAAUCUUUAAGGACUGUAGGAGCAGGAUGGACUUCUCAGAUGAAUCCACUCCCGUCACUGCUAUAUCUCCAUCCUCUUCACCACCAAACUCUUCUGCAGAGAGCGUCAACCAGACGUCCUCGUCCUUGUCCAGAUUCCCCUCUUUUUCUCCUCACUCGCAAGUUGCAUCUGUGCUCAUCGUGCUGGUGGUCACGGUCAUCAUCCUGGGGACGGUGGUGGGAAACGUGCUGGUGGUGGUUGCCGUGUUCACCAGCCGAGCUUUAAGGGCGCCGCAGCACCUCUUCCUGGUGUCUCUGGCUUCAGCGGACAUCCUGGUGGCCACGCUCGUCAUCCCUUUCUCUUUGGCCAACGAGGUCAUGGGGUACUGGUACUUUGGUUCUACCUGGUGCUCCUUCUAUCUGGCUCUGGAUGUUCUCUUCUGUACUUCCUCCAUCGUCCACCUCUGCGCCAUCAGCCUUGAUCGCUACUGGUCUGUCACUAAAGCCGUCAGCUACAACCGCAAACGGACUCCUAAACGGAUUAAAGUGAUGAUCAGCAUUGUGUGGCUCAUAUCCAUUGUGAUCUCAUCCCCACCGCUCCUCAUGACCCAGAAAGAUACCAGUUUAUCAGAGGAUAGGAAUGAGACAAACAGGCAGGAGUGUCUGAUCAACAACCAGACCUGGUACAUCCUCUCAUCCUGCAUAGUGUCCUUUUUUGCCCCGGGAGUCAUUAUGAUCCUUGUAUAUUGUAAGAUCUACCGUGUUGCCAAACAGCGAGCCUCCACUGUGUUCGUGGCAAAGAACAUCAUGGAGCGGCAGCCGUCUCAGUCGGAGACCUGCUUCCUGGGUGCAUCAGCAACCUGCCAAAGGAAGAAUAAAACUCAGUACAAACUGGACAGCCCAAGGCCUGAAAACCGACACGGUUCCUGCAACGUAGACAGCAACAGCAGCGGUCAGAGACGAGGAGAGCUGGAUGAUAUUGACCUGGAGGAUCGAAGCUGCGAGGCUGAUGUGAAACCGUCCUUUUCCUCAUCCCUCCGAUUCCCCYGCAGAGUAGGAGGCAGGGUGAAAACAGAGGAGGUUAAAGAUGCUGCGGGAAGCAACAAACUGAAACCCCCUCCUCCCCUGCCUUCCUGUGCCUCCAUAUCCUGGGUGUCCUCUGACCAGUGUUCCCAGCACUUCCUCCUUCCGUCUCCGCUCCCUGUCCGCAGCAGGCAGAUGUCUCUGUCCAAAAACAAAGUGGCUCAGAUGAGGGAGAAGCGCUUCACCUUCGUCUUGGCCGUGGUGAUGGGAGUGUUUGUCCUCUGCUGGUUCCCAUUCUUCUUCACAUACAGCCUUCAUGCCAUUUGCAGAGAGAACUGUAUUAUCCCAGAAACACUCUUCAACCUGUUUUUCUGGAUCGGAUACUGCAACAGCUGCCUGAACCCCAUCAUAUACACCAUCUUCAACCGAGAUUUCAGGAGGGCCUUCAAGAAGAUUUUGUUCCAAACCCAUAAAAGGACGUAGGAUGAGAAUGUGAGUGUUAGGGAUGUAACAGUACAUGUAUUUGUACCAUGACGGUUCAGUACAGACAGAAUGAAGUACAGGGAACUAAACAACAAAUAUGUUSGUCAAGCAGAGGUAAUUCAAAGAAAUAACUAUAGUAAAAGUAAAAAUACUUUAACAGAAAAUGACUGGAAAAUA